AAUGGCGCUGUCGAGUCUUCGCUGAAGUGCUCGGAGUGCCGAGAGUGCUGAUUGCUGAUCACUGGUGCUGAUCAGGCCAGGCCAGUCAGGUUGAUCGUAGAACCGAGGCGAGUUCGAGGGGCGAGCGAAGGCCUGAAAUGGCAAUAUCUCGCGAUCGCUCGGCGGUAUCGUGCUUCAAUUUUACUUUGAAAGAAGACAUUAUCGUCGGAAUAUAGUUGAUGAGCCGUCGGACGCGCGUGAAAAAUCCUAUACGUCGCAUUCGCUGUUCGUCAUAAUCGAUGUGGUUAUUUGUCAUUCGAAACAGGCCCUGAGCUCGUUCGGAUGACAGUAUUUGGUAUUAUUAUCGGGGGUCGGUAAGCAGGUAUGCAACUAGGGAUAUCCAGAAAUCUGUGAACAAUGUCCAAGAUCGAUAAUCCAAAGCUGGUCGUGGCGCUGUUCACGUUCAAAGGAAAGAACAACGACGAGUUGUGCUUCAGGAAGGGAGAUGUCAUCACCAUUACUCAGAUGGAUGACGGCGGGUGGUGGGAAGGUACGCUCAACGACAAGACUGGAUGGUUUCCCUCCAAUUAUGUUAAGGAGCAGAAAAAUCCAGACAGCAAUCAUUCGUCGGUAAAAUCUUCACCUGAAAAAACCACUCAAGAGUUGGCCAUCCAGCAGAGGGCCAACCGCAGCGUGGUCUUGAAGGAUAUCAUCGAUUCGGAAAGAGCGAACGUCGCGGAGCUCCAGGGACUAGUUAAUAACUUUCUACAACCCCUAGAAACAACCGGCAUACUGACGAGGGAAGAGUACAAACAGCUGGUGGGAAACAUACUCGAGAUCUUGGAAAUCCAUCAACACCUUCUCACCAGUUUGGAGGCUGCCUGUGCUCAGGGAUCGGAUGCCAGAGCAGGAAACCUCUUUAUGGCUUUGGCGCCGAGGCUCAAGUCCAUUCAUGUUGCCUACUGCGCUUCCCAUCCUCGGGCCGUUUGCAUAUUGGAUAGAUUCAGAGAUGAGCUGAACGAGUUCAUGGAACGCUGCGGAGCCGUUACUCCUGGUAUUCUUGUACUAACGACUGGGUUAAGUAAGCCUUUUCGUAGAUUGGAAAAGUAUUCAGCCAUGCUGCAAGAGUUGGAGAGGCACAUGGAAAAGAAUCACCCUGACAGAGGAGAUACUCAGCGUAGCGUAUGCGUCUAUAGGGAAAUAGCGGAAAGGUGCAGCGCGAUAAGGAAGCAGAAGGAAUUAGCACUGACCGUUUUGGCAGGGGGAAUAAAAGGCUGGGAGGGAGAAGACCUCCACACUCUAGGUGACAUAAUUUACGUCGGACCCGUAACCCUUGCUACCGGAGUCGAUCGCAGGGAUCGAUACUUUGUGCUUUUUUCCACAACUCUGCUCGUUUUGAGCACAAGCCAAAGAAUGAGUUCCUUUGUCUACGAGGGUAAGCUUCCAUUGACUGGAAUUGCAGUGACGAAAGUCGAUGACACGGAAGAUAUGAAGAACGGUUUUGAAAUAUCAGGACCGAUGAUCGAAAGUAUACUCGCAGUCUGCCCGAGUCGAGAAGAGCGCCAGCAAUGGAUCGAAUAUCUGACCCAAGAGCAGCGUGUGAAUACGGCAAAAUCACCAACGACGACGCAGCACGUGAGUCCACUUCUGAAUGGAAAACAACCACGGAUGGGGGUGGAGGGCUGUCUUCCUCCGGGAAUUAAAUCGCCCUGGUCAAUCGCUUCGCUGCGACCAGCCCCUCCUCUGUACUCCUGCAAAACUUUUGGCAAGACGGACCUAUUGGACCCCAGCGGUUCGAUGCGAAUCGGUAAUGAGCGGAUGUUCGAGGAGGAUGCCAUCAUAUUGAGAGUUAUAGAAGGCUACUGUGCCACUGUUAAUACUCGACUCACGGUGCACUCUGCCAUGCUAGAAUGCGAAGCGGUCCAUAAAGCUUGCGAUAGAAUGUCGAUAAUGCAUAAUAGAGUUGGAAAUUGGGAUGGAAGUGAGAACAGGAGUUUAUCGGAGACGGUUAAUACUCUGAAGGAACAGAUAGUCGACCUGCAGUCGCAAAUGGUGCUUCUAACGAGACAACUCGAUGAUGAAAGGAAGUCUCGCCUCUCCUUAGCUGCCACUGUGAAACGCAGUAUCGCUGUCAUGGAUGCUUCUGUGUCCUGAAAUGUAAUUUUACCCAAACUUUUUUCUAAGGGGGUGGAGAUCGAAAAAUUCGAAAGUCAUGUGUAUUGUAAGAUCGCAUGCUUGGAAUUUUGUGAGAAUAGUGUCCCUGUUCAUGAAGUGCAUAAUACCAAAUUUGGAGUAAUCAUUAAGAAAAUACUUGUGACAAUCUUUAAUCUCGUCGAAUCGGGAAAAGAGGGAUAGAGGGUAAUGGUUGCAGGAAGGUAAAAGAGAUUAGAAAGAUUGUGGGAAUAAUUUGUAGUAGAAAGGUCCAGAUCAGUAAACCCAGCAUUUGCAAAUAUCGCGAUCGUAAUUCCCCGCCAAUCGAUCUAAACUAAACAAUUAACUGAAAUCCCGAUUGAUCUAUGAACAAUCUUACUUCAACUAAGGCAAUAUUAGAUAGUGAGUACUAUGCGUGAGUUAGUGAAGACUCGUCGCCUCAGUCGAUAAGAGUUCUAUACUUGUGUGCAGAGUUCUACCUGCAAAUCAAACAUGUCAUUAUCAAGUCGACGAGUUGCUCCGCGGAUCACCUAGAAUCUGGGUACUGGAUUAUUCUUUUGAUUUUUUCUUCCAGACAGAACAAUAUCUGUGAGUGCUUGCGAUUAGAUCAGUGCACGGAACAUCCUGCCUGUAGGUAUUACUGCAUUUUUUCAGCGUGCAUGGUCGAGUAUGUUCUGUUAUUAUUAUAUUACUCAUAGAAUUAGCCGAGGUACGUAUGUACCACUACAAUAUGGUAGAGCCCCUCGUUCAGGUUGUCCCCUAGUGAAAAAUUCUAACUCCAGAUUGAUGUACAAAUGACUCAACUCUUAUUAUCCUACAACAU